AUGGUCGAUGAGGCAGCACUGGUCAUUCGACUUCGGCCCCCGGUGCGACACAAUCGCCUGUCAAGUCCAAAGAUGUCGAUGGGACUGAAGGAGACGGGAAAGGACGGAGAAAGAGAAGAGAAAGAGGACGAGGAAGAGGAAGGGCUGAGAGUGUUGGGUUUAUUCCUACCUUUUCCUCUGGUCGUGGGGAGAAAAGGCGUCCUGGAGUGUCGAUACACCAUGGGACCCCGACAGACACUUUACGGCGUCAAGUGGUUCAAGGACAAAGACGAGUUCUAUCGAUUCAUGCCACGGGACCCAGUUCCUAAACAGCACUUCCCCGUACCGGGAAUCCACGUCGACUUGGGAGAAUCAGACGACUGGCGGGUGACGCUGAGGAAAACGUCAUUGAAGACAGCAGGACGAUUCCGCUGCGAGAUCUCAGCCGAUGCUCCUUCUUUCCAAACCCUCGACGUCACUCUCAAUGUCUCCCUCUUCCGACUGCCAGAUUCUAAGCCGGAGAUUACUGUGGGAAAUGAGGGAGAAAUUAUAUCCCAAGUGCUCCUGGGGGAUUUCCUUCAUUUAAACUGUUCUUCCGGGAAAGCCAAGCCGCCUCCUCAAAUUCAGUGGACUAUCAAUGGCAUAGAGGCCGAUAGAUCCGGAGUGAUCAGGUAUCCCCCGGUCGAGGUCGAAGAGGGGCUGUUCGUAUCCGUCCAAGGUCUCCGUUUCCAAGUGGAAUCCAAGGAUCUAGACGACCAAGGGGGGAUCGGUUUGAAAUGCACGGCUUCCAUCUAUCCCGUUUACUUCCAGAGUACCUCCGUUCAUCUACGCGUUUUCAUGCCGAGCCCCGACCUCGGCGAGAAAAAGGCUCCGCCGAUAUUCUCCAACCCGACAACGACGACGACGACGACCACGACGACAACGACGACGACGACUUUGAGGCCGUUGCCCGUGGAUUGGACGCCGUUUGCCCCACUGCCUGUGGCUGCGAUAGGGGCUGGCACCGGAACUGGAAGCGGACCGGGAAGUUCGGGGGCCGGGGAAACCGUGGAUCCUCCCACGACGACUCCGCUUCCACCGGGUUGUCUUCCCGAUUUGGAUCCGUGCGUGUGUAUUGGAGGGCCGACUCCGGAUUCUUUAUCCUCCCUGGAUUGCUCGGAGGUGAACUCGGCUCAAGAACUGCUUUCCAUUCCGGGUCUGAAAAACUCAAAGGGGACACUCUUCCAGAAGAUCACCAUCGACAAUUCCCUGCUGGAUCACUUGCCUCGAAACGCAUUUGGGGCUCAUCGCGCCCUGGAAUAUUUCAUCACGAACAACUUCCGCCUUCAGCACAUCGCUCCGGGGGCUUUUGGACCCCUGGCCGAUCCGAUCAGUCUCGUCCUCUUCAGUAACGCCCUCGUCGGCUUCCCCUUCCGAGAACUUGCGAGGUUUCGGAAUCUCAAGUAUUUCGUGGCCUACGACAAUCGCUUGGAAGAGAUUCCGGAUGGGGCGUUCCGGGGAAUGCACAACUUGGUCGAUAUUCUCCUCCACAACAACACGAUCGAGAAAAUCGGAGAAGGUCCCUUCGAAAGGAUUCCCAACUUGAACGCCGUGACGCUCCAUAACAAUCGGAUCAAAGAACUAAGUACUCGCUCCCUCAGCUUCCAAGGCGAGCCAGCUUUGGUCGCAUUACAGAAUAACUUCAUCAAGAAAAUAGAGGCAGACAGCUUCGGAUUCGGAAUACCCCGUCAAAUCAACCUGCAGGACAAUUCCUUGGAAAUGCUGGAUCAAGAAAUCUGGCUACCGUUACUUCUCAAGAUGGCCUCGCUGAACUCCCGUGGGAAUGCGAGUGGGAAAACCUAUUUCGUCGACGUAUCACGGAACCCACUGACGUGCGACUGCGACGCGCUCUGGUUGUUCGAGGCGAAGAGACGAGUGGAAGGAAUCAUCAAGGGAUACGACUGCGGAAAUUCCUUUUCUGGCGGAUUCCAACCUUUCGCCAUCGCUUCCGACAUCUUUCAUCUCGAUCGAUUCCAUUUCCGAUCCUGCUUCUAAGUUCGCCAUCUUCAUCCGCCUCCAUCGUCCGUAUUUUGAAUCAUUUAAAUUUAAAUUAAAGUCGUCCGAGUCUGAGACCUCCAUCCCAUGAUUCAUUCAUUAACUCGGAUUGGAAGCUCGAAAUGCAUCUCGGAAGGAGGAUGCGCAGGUCGAUCGGGAUUCCUCCUCGACACAGCCCAUAUUUCUAGAUAUACAGGGUUCUCGACGAAACCUCUCUAUCGAGUCGUUCCGGGUACGAUAGGAGUUCGCACGAUCCCAAGAGCCCGAUGCAUUUCCAUUCUCAACAGCGCUACUGUCAUAAAUAAUAUGUAAGACCCUGCCAUACCUCCAAAUCCUUUUCCAUCCGUCUAAAGAUAAGGAGCUCGAAAUGACCCUAGGAUUCCCUUUUCCUCCUUCCAUUUUGCUCCUAAUUGCUUCUCUCGUGUUCCUCUGCU